AUGGCGUUCCACUAUGCUGACAUCCCGUUCAUCGACGAAAGAUUGUCGUCUGAGGAGUUUGCCAAGAUCAAGGAGACUCUCCCGUUUGGACAGGUGCCCAUCCUCACGGUCGACGAGAAGCUAGUGAUUCCACACGAAACUGCAAUCUUGAAGUACGUCGGCCGUUUGGCGGGCCUCUACCCAGAUGAUCUCCAAGAAGUUGUCAAGGUCGACGCCGCAAUGUGUAUUGUUGAUGACUUGUCCGCGGCCGUGGUUGCAUGUUGGGCACCCGAGCAUCCCGGGAAAGAGAUGGUGACGAAGAUCUGGAUCGAGGAACGUAUCCCCAAGUUAUUUGGUUACAUCGACCGAUAUCUCGCCAACGCAGGAACUACUUUCAGUGCUGGCAACAGCUUGACUGUGGCCGAUUUGAGGCUUUACUGGGCAAUCACCUACUUCAAAUCAGGAAGGCUUCAGAAAUUACCCAUCGACCUCAUCGACAAUUAUCCCAGCAUCAUUCAACUCUAUCAGGCCAUCCAGAGCCAUGAAAGACUUGCUAGCUUCAUUAAGGCCGAAUCUCAAUUAGUUGAUACUCACUAA